AUGGAAACAAGAGUAUCACGUUUACAUUCAAAUUCAUCAUCAUUAUCACGUUCUCGUUCACCAAUAUCAAAUAAUGAAAGACGAAGUAUUUCAGCAUCACCAAGACGAAAAUCAUCAACACCAGUUAAAUCAUCAACAAAGAGAAAUCAUAGUGAUGAAGAACAAGAUCCGGAAGAUCGUGAACUUUUAGCAUUAGAUGAUUCUUCAAAAAAUAGAGUUGAUGAAACAUCAUCACCAAUAAUGUCAGAUACAGAUGAAAAUCAACAAAAAAAACGUUCACAUCAUCGACAUCAUCAUCGUCAUCAUAAACCAUCUAAAUCAACUAAACGUUCAGCAACACAUCAGCGACAAUCAGUUAAACGAAGUAAAAAAGAAACAGUGUCAACAUCUCAUCAUAAUAAAUCUGAUGGUGAAAAUUCUAUAAAUUCACCAGAAAAAAAUACAAGUGAAAGUGAACAAUCACCAUCUAAACAACAAGUAUCAUCUUCCGAUAAUGAAUCAAAUAAUGAAGAAGGAAUGAUUGAAGAAAAUAAUACACCGAGUGAACAUCGUAGUCAUCGUCGUCAUCACCGUCAUCAUAAAAAACAUCAUUCAUCAUCAUCAAUCAAUGAAAGAAAUAGUCAAAGUCCUCAAUCAUCAAUAAAUGCUAUUCCAAAAAAUAAUAAAGGUACACAAUUAAUCGUUAAUUAUUUACCAGCAUCAUUACGUGAAGCUGAUUUUUAUCAGUUAUUUGCUCGUGUUGGAUCCGUUAAAUUAUGUAAAUUAAUAACAAAUCGUCAUACAGGUCAUUCAUAUUGUUAUGGUUUUAUUGAAUAUCAUACGAAAGAAGAUGCUAUAAAAGCAAUUGAAAAAUAUAAUGGUUAUGGUAUUGAACAUAAAAAAUUAAAAGUAGCAUAUGCUGAACCAAAAUUAAAAAAUAAUAAUGAUGAAGAUGAUGAUGAGGAUGAUGAUGAAGUAGAUAAUAAUCAGAAAUAUAUGAAUACUUCCGUACAAAAAAAUCCAAAUAUAUAUAUAACUGAAUUACCAGAUGAUUUUGAUGAAAAAAUGUUAAAACGUCUUUUUUCAAAAUAUGGUGAAAUUGUACAAGCGAAAAUUUUACGUGAUCCACGCACAAGAAUAUCACGAGGUGUUGGAUUUGUUCUUAUGACAUCAACUCGUUAUGCUGAACGAGCUGUUAAAGCACUUGAUGGUUAUGUACCAUCAGGUUCACAUAAAGCAAUAUCUGUUAGAUAUGCUGAUCCAAAAAAAACCGUCACAACAUCAGCCCAAUCAGGAAAUAAUAAUAAUAAUAAUAAUAAUAAUAACUCAUUAUCUCGUUUAUCAAGUACAUCAUCUAUGGUAGGAACGAUGAGAUCAUAUGGAUAUCCACCUGGAUUAUCAUCAUUAACUAUGAUAGAUCCAUAUUAUGCCGCAGCUCUUCAUCAUCAUCAUCAACAACAACAUCGAGCAGUAAUGAACAUGAGAGAAUUAAGCCCAUCACCACCACCACCAGCAUCUUAUUAUGCUAGUGGAAAUACUCGAUCUUCACGAAUGCGUAGUUCAUCUCCUGGUUUACCACGUUCAUAUUCAUCUUCAUCAUCAUCAAAACAUAAUUCAAAUAUAUUAACAUCAACUAUGACAAAUUCUUCUUCUCUACGUUCAUCAAGUCAAAAUCCAACAUCACUUGCUGCUGCCUAUGAACUUAUAUCUAAAGGUUGUCAACAAGCUAUUGAUCCAAAUGGUUUUGUUUUAUAUGCAUUUGGUUUACCUCGUGAUUGUGAUGAAAAUGAAUUAGAAGAUUUAUUUCGACGUUAUGGUGAUGUUUAUCGUGUAUAUAUUGUAAAAAAUUAUACAACAGGUGAAUCAAAAGGUUAUUCAUUUGUUACAAUGCGUAAUUAUGAUGAAGCAUGUCAUGCAGUUGAUUGUCUACAUAAUUCAACAUUUCAAGGUCGAACAAUUCAAGUACGAUUUAAACAAUAG